AUGGACAAGGAUAAGCUUGUUCAGCUGCUGCAGGCCAGCCAAGUCCCCGACACGGAACAGGUCAAGGCCGUUACAGCUGAUCUCCAGAAGAACUACUACUCCAAGCCCGAGUCUCUUCUGCUCCUCGUCGAGAUUGCCCUUACCCAUGGCGAUGCUCCCAUUCGACAGCUCGCCUCUGUCCAGGCCGCCCGCAUCGCUCCCAAACAUUGGGACAAUGUGCCGGGCGACCAGAAGUCGAUGUGCCGCAGUCAUCUUCUCGAGGGCUCUCUCAAGGAGACUUCUGCUGCCAAUCGUCACUCUCUGGCUCGUCUGAUUGCUGACCUUGUCACUCUCGACAUGGAAAACAAGCAAGGCGAGGAUUUCCUUCAGCAGAUCAUUCCUCUGAACAACCACGACAACGUCGUGGCUCGCGAAGUUGGCUCUUACCUCAUCUACGCCAUCUUGGAGAACGACCCCAUUCACUUCAGCGAUCACACACACCAGCUUCUGCAGCUGUUUCAUUCUCGCAUCGAAGAUCCGGACAGCAAGGAUGUCCGUAUCAACGUCGUCCGUGGUGUGGGCGCUAUUCUGCAAAACAUUAUUCCUGAGGAGGAUCCCAAGGCUGUGGAGGCUGUUGCUAGCUUCAUUCCUAGCAUGGUCAACAUUCUCAAAGCUACUGUCGAGGCCGAGGAUGAGGAGAACUAUAAGGUUGUCUUUGAAGUUUUCCAUAACUUCGUUGCUUUCGACUCUGCUCUCUUUGGUUCGCACCUGCCGGAGCUUCUCCAGUUCAUGAUGGAUCUCGCCGGCAACAAGCAGGCCGAAGACGACGCUCGUUCGCAAGCCGUUGCUUUCCUCAUUCAGACCGUUCACUUCCGCCCCCGCAAACUGCAGGCAAUGGGCGACGUGCCAUCCCGCAUGAUGGUCGGUGCCAUGCACAUUGUCGCCGAGCUUGAAGAUGAUGAUGACGACGAGGACAUGUCUCCUGCCAGAUCUGCCAUUGGUCUCGUUGACGAGCUUGCAAACUCGCUUCCCCCUCGACAAGUCAUUGUCCCCUUGCUGGAGCAGUUCCCUACUUUUGCAGCCCACCAAGACCCUAGCUACAGAAUGUCUGCCAUGCUCUCUCUCGGUAACGCCGCUGCCGGGGCUCCCGACUUUAUCUCUACUCAGCUUGAGCCUCUUCUACCCGCCAUUGUCAGCCUUCUUGUUGAUAGUGAGCUGAAAGUUCGCCACGCCGCCCUUGUUGGCCUCAUCCACCUUGCCGAGGAGAUGGUCGAUGAGAUGGCCUCUCACCAUGAACAAAUCCUCUCCGCUGUGCUCAAGAACCUCGAGUCUGCUUCUGAUGCUGGCAAUGACAAGAAGAAUGUUGCCAUCAUUCGUUGCGCUUGUGGUGCUCUCGACACAUUUGGUGAUGGUGUUGAGAACAAAGUCAUGGCCCAAUACGGCCCCAACUUGAUUGCUCCCAUGGUCAAGCUUCUUAGCCACGACGACUUUGGCGUUCGUGCUGGCGCUGCUUCUGCGAUUGGCGCCAUCUCCUCUUCCAUGGAGGGUGACUUCAAGCCAUACUUUGAGGAAGUGAUGCAGGCGCUCGGCAAGUUUGUCAUGAUCAAGGACAGCGAAGAAGAGAUGAACCUCCGCAGUGCCACUUGCGACAGUUUGGGCCGCAUCGCCACAGCUGUUGGCGCCGAAGCUUUCCAACCAUAUGUCAUGGAUCUCAUGAAGGCUAGUGAGGAGGCUCUUCACCUUGACAACCCCAGACUCAAGGAGACUAGCUUCAUUCUGUGGUCCAGCCUCUCCAAGGUCUACAAGGAGCAAUUCGGCCACUUUUUGGAUGGCGUGUUCAAUGGCCUUUUUGCCUCGCUUGAUCUUGAGGAGGAGGAGAUUGAUCUCCCCGGUGUCGACGCCAGCCAGCUUGGCGAAGGCUCCAUCGUCGUCGGCGGCAAGAAGAUCAAGGUCAAGACCAACUCUAGCGUGGAAGAUGUUGCCAUUGCGACUGGGGGUGCUGAUGAGGAUGAGUGGGAUGACCUCGAGGACUUUGAGGACCUUGGUGCCGUCACCGCCGUUGCUCUCGAGCAGGAAAUUGCUCUUGACGUCCUCGGUGACGUGAUUGCCAACUCUUGCAACAGCAGCAACCUCGAGACAUACACCGAAAAGACUAUCGAGAAGAUUACACCCUUCGCUGAACAUACAUACGAAGGCUGUCGCAAGUCUGCCGUCUCGACACUUUGGAGAAUCUACACUCGCGUCUUCCAGGUCUGGGAGACGGGUGCUGGUAUCAAGUGGGAGCCUGGCAUGCCCCCCAAGCACACGCCGCCUGCUUCCAUUGUCAGCAUAGGACAGGCUCUACAGCAAAUCACUAACAACCUCUGGGCCGAGGAUGGCGAACGGAGCGUCAUUACCGAUAUAAACCGCAAUGUUGCUGCCGCUCUCAAGGCUUGUGGUCCUGCUGUACUCGCCUCCAACUCUGAGAUGCUUCAGGAGAUUGUUUCUGUUGUCACAUUGAUCAUUACCCGAUCGCACCCUUGCCAGCAAGAUCUCGGUGAUGAGGAAGCUGAGCAGGACAUCGAUGCUGGCUCAUCCGAGUACGACUGGCUUGUUGUCGAUACUGCUCUUGAUGUCGUCAUCGGCCUUGCUACUGCUCUCGGACACUCCUUCGCUGAACUUUGGAAGAUCUUUGAGAAGCCUGUUCUCAAGCUUUCCAGCUCCACCGAGGACCUUCAUCGCUCUACGGCUGUCGGCACCAUUGCCGAGAUUCUCAAACACGCCGGCGAGGCCAUGACUCCCUUCACUGAGUCUCUUGGCCAAGCUCUGGGUCGUCGUCUCACCGAUCCUGACCCUCUGGCUAAAUCGAAUGCUGCCUACGCCAUUGGACUUCUUGUCUUCACUUCUUCCGACACCUCGAAGACUUACCCUCUAUACCCUCAGAUUUGGGAGAAGCUCGAGCCCCUCAUCGCCGUCCGUGAAAUGCGUCUCACUGACAAUGUUGCUGGUGCGCUGUGUCGCAUGAUGAUGAAGAACCCGGAUGCUGGCUUCGUCAGCGAGGCUCUACCUGCUGUCGUCAAUGUUCUACCACUUGAGGAGGAUUACGAGGAGAAUGAGCCAAUCUACAAGUGUAUUUACAGUCUGUACGAGCAGUCCAACCAAACUGUUCAGCAGCUUACGCCUCAGCUCCUUGCCGUCUUCGAGCGGGUUUUGUCACCUCCUGAGGAGCAGCUCGAGCCCAGCAGCCGCGAGAUUCUUCAGCGCGUCGUCGGCAUCCUCUACAAGGCCCAGCCGGACUUACUUGCUAACCACCCCGGUUUACUGAAGCUCGCGGGUCUGCAGUAA